AUUUAAAUGCAGAUGUCGGCCAUAGAGCGAAUCACUCUGAUUGCUGUCGCUGUGGUAUAUACACGUCUGCUGCCUGCUCGUUUAGCUUAAUUUCAACAAUCUUUUGCCAAAAUGUGUGACGAAGAAGCAUCAGCUUUGGUUGUGGACAAUGGAUCCGGCAUGUGCAAGGCUGGCUUUGCCGGCGACGAUGCCCCACGCGCUGUCUUCCCAUCCAUUGUGGGUCGUCCUCGCCAUCAGGGCGUGAUGGUUGGCAUGGGUCAGAAGGAUUGCUAUGUGGGCGAUGAGGCGCAGAGCAAGCGUGGUAUUCUCUCGCUGAAAUAUCCCAUCGAGCAUGGCAUCAUCACUAACUGGGAUGAUAUGGAGAAGGUCUGGCAUCACACCUUCUACAAUGAGCUGCGUGUGGCCCCCGAGGAGCAUCCAGUGCUGCUCACCGAGGCUCCACUUAACCCCAAGGCCAAUCGCGAGAAGAUGACACAGAUCAUGUUCGAGACCUUCAACUCGCCAGCUAUGUAUGUGGCCAUCCAGGCAGUUCUCUCGCUAUACGCCUCCGGUCGUACCACGGGUAUUGUCCUGGAUUCCGGUGAUGGUGUCUCCCACACGGUGCCCAUCUAUGAAGGUUAUGCACUGCCACAUGCCAUUCUGCGUCUGGAUUUGGCUGGUCGCGAUUUGACCGACUAUCUGAUGAAGAUCCUCACCGAGCGUGGCUACUCGUUCACCACCACGGCCGAGCGUGAAAUUGUGCGCGACAUCAAGGAGAAGCUCUGCUAUGUCGCUCUCGACUUUGAGCAGGAAAUGGCCACAGCUGCCGCAUCCACCUCGCUGGAGAAGUCGUAUGAGCUGCCCGAUGGUCAGGUUAUCACCAUUGGCAACGAGCGCUUCCGUACGCCCGAGGCUCUGUUCCAGCCUUCAUUCCUGGGCAUGGAAUCGUGCGGUAUUCACGAAACUGUCUACCAGUCGAUCAUGAAGUGUGAUGUGGAUAUCCGCAAGGAUUUGUAUGCCAACAAUGUGCUGUCUGGCGGUACCACCAUGUAUCCCGGUAUUGCUGAUCGUAUGCAAAAGGAAAUCACCGCCCUGGCUCCGUCCACAAUUAAGAUCAAGAUCAUUGCACCACCUGAGCGUAAAUACUCUGUAUGGAUCGGUGGUUCCAUUCUGGCCUCGCUGUCCACUUUCCAGCAGAUGUGGAUCUCCAAGCAGGAGUACGAUGAGUCCGGCCCCGGCAUUGUGCACCGCAAGUGCUUCUAAACAUCCAAGCUAUAAAAUCAACAGCAGCAGCAGCAA